UAUACUCUUCAUCAUUGAUCGUUGAUCCUAGUUACCUGCCCGCUGUGCAACGCUGACUAGGAUUAUUAUAGACCUUAUAGGAAAUGAUCAUCGAAUUAUUUUUUUUUAUAUCGUGUUUCUGUUAAUGGUGAAAAAAAGUUAUCUUCUGUGGAAAAUUUAUCUGUAGAAAGACAUAAUGAAGACUAAAAACCUGGUAAAAAGCUCCGUGAGCUUCAAUCCUUGCACUCAGAGCAUAAUGGAGUCUGGUGAGGAGAUCGUCAUCUCUGGCAUCGCUGGAAGAUUCCCGGACUCGGACGAUAUGAGACAUUUUCAAGAUAAUCUGUUUAAUAAAGUUGAUCUCAUUACUAAGGAUGAUCGUCGUUGGAACAUGGAUCAUCCUGAGCUUCCUCAACGGUUUGGAAAAAUAAACAACCUGGAGAAAUUCGACGCAGACUUUUUUGGUAUUAAUUUCAUGGAGGCGCACAGCAUGGACCCGAUGGCUAGAAUGCUGAUGGAACAUUCUUUUGAAGCUAUCAUUGAUGCUGGUGUUAAUCCUAAGCAUUUGAGAGGCACUAAAACUGGUGUCUUUUUUAGCGCUUGUUAUUCAGAGUCGGAAAAAACGUGGAUCUAUGGAAAUUAUGAUGUUAAGGGAUAUGGAGUUCUCGGAUGCAGUAAAGCUAUGCUGGCUAAUCGUGUUUCACACUGGCUAGGAGUAACAGGUCCGAGUUAUAACGUUGAUACUGCUUGCAGUUCAAGUCUCUUUGCUAUGGAACAUGCUUACAGAGCUAUUCGCGAUGGGAGGUGUGACUCUGCACUCGUUGGAGGUGCCAAUCUGUGUCUUCAUCCCUUUGUAUCGAUACUAUUCGCUCGACUUGGUGUCCUGUCACCUGAUGGCUCCUGUAAGUCUUUUGACAAUGACGCUAACGGCUAUGCUCGAAGUGAAACGGUCAGUGUAGUUUUCCUACAGAAGGCAAAACACGCAAAACGUAUUUACGCUACGGUUGUUCAUGGCAAAACCAACUGCGAUGGGUUCAAGGAGCAAGGCAUCACUUUUCCAUCUAGUCUUAUGCAGGGUGAGCUGCUGAAAGAAUUUUAUGAGGAGUGUAAAAUCCCGCCGAGUAUUGUCAAUUACGUUGAAGCUCAUGCAACUGGUACUGCGGUUGGUGAUCCAGAAGAACUGAAUGCUAUCGAUGGUGUUUUUUGUCCUGGACGCAAAAAGCCAUUGAUGAUCGGAGCAAUUAAGUCUAAUUUGGGUCAUGCCGAACCUGCGAGUGGGAUGUGUUCUAUUGCUAAAGUUGUGAUUGCUAAUGAAACAGGUAUCAUACCGCCUAAUCUUCACUUCAAUCGCCCUCGUGAAGGAGUAAAGGCACUCGAAGAAGGCCGGGUAAAAGUCAUUGCGGAGGCAACGCCUUGGGAAGGCGGAUAUGCAGCUGUGAAUUCAUUUGGCUUUGGGGGAGCUAACGCUCAUAUUUUACUCAAGUCCAAUCCUAUUGAUAAGAUCAAUGGAGGUGCUCCGAAUGAUAAUUUGCCGAGGCUGGUUGUGGUUUCUGGUCGAACUGAAGCAGCUGUUGAAGCUCUGCUUCAUGAUGUGGAAAGCAGACCACUUGACGUUGAAUACGUACGCCUGCUUCAAGACAUUCAUUCAGAAGAUAUUCCUGGACAUUUAUACAGAGGCUACACUAUCUUAAGUAAACAUACCACUCAGGAGAACCGAAUCAGAGAUAUCGAGCACUACCCAGGUGCCAAGAGACCUAUUUGGUUUGUCUUCUCCGGCAUGGGGUCGCAGUGGCCGGGUAUGGGUACUGCUCUCUUACGGUUCCCUAUUUUUGCCCAAGCUGUAAAAAAAUGUGACGCCGUAUUGAAACCUCGUGGUGUUGAUAUUUACGAUAUUUUGACGAACCCAAAUAAAUCGACCUUUGACAAUAUUUUGAAUUCCUUUGUUGGAAUCGCUGCUGUUCAAAUAGGUCUCGUUGAUCUUCUCACAUCACUGGGCAUCGUUCCUGACCGUAUAAUUGGACACUCUGUCGGAGAACUUGGUUGCGCUUACGCUGAUGGCUGUUUGACUGCCGAGCAAACGAUUUUGGAAGCUUACUCACAAAAUCUGAGUUCUACAGAAACAGGUGAUCUAUUGAAUACUGUACUAUUCAAAAAAAUUGCAGAUCUUAUCCCAAAGAAUGCUGUGACAAUUGAAAUCGCGCCUCAUCCGCUUCUACAAGAUAUCUUCAGAACAUCUCUUAGCCCUAGUGUUAUCAAUAUUGCCUUGACUGAGCGUAGCGAGAGCGCCAAUAUUGAGGUCUUUCUCCAAGCAAUCGGCAAACUUCACGGCAUUGGUUUCCAGCCGCAAAUUUACAAUCUCUAUCCUGAGGUUCAGUAUCCAGUGUCUCGUGGAACUCCUAUGAUCUCUCCGCUGAUAAAAUGGGAUCAUUCUGAAGACUGGUACAUUAUAUCAUACAAAGCGCAACAAAGAAUAAGUUCAGGAGAGCGGCUGGUUGAAGUGAAUCUACGCGACGAAAUUUUUGAGUUCAUGUCGGGCCACGUGAUCGAUGGAAGAAACCUCUUCCCCGCCACUGGCUACCUUGUACUUAUUUGGGAAAGUAUUGGCUUGAUGAAAGGUGAAUUGUAUACCGAAGUGUCUGUAGUCUUUGAUGACGUCAAGUUCCUUCGGGCUACGACUAUUCCCAAAGAAGGUACGAUAGAAUUUACCUUGCUGAUUCAGAAAGGUUCAGGAAAAUUUGAAGUAGUCGAAGGAGAUGUUGCUGUCGUUACUGGAUAUGUUCAUUACAUUACUGAGCCAUCAUUAGCUAAGAUGAAUCCUCCGGUACCUGAAAAUGACGAAGAAGAAGAAAUGUCCAGCAGAGAUGUCUACAAAGAACUCCGACUCCGCGGUUACCAUUACAGCGGUCUUUUCCGGGGAAUUAAAAGUGCAUCGACGACCGGUCAGCGCGGAAAAAUAGCUUGGGCAAAUAAUUGGGUCGCGUUCAUGGACAAUAUGCUGCAAAUGCAAAUACUUGAAAUGGAUUCGCGAGGAUUAUUCGUUCCUACUGGCAUCCAAAGACUUGUCAUUGACUCUAAGGCGCACUUGAAUCAAAUCCGUGCUAUGCCUGAUGAUGUAAAAGAGUUUCCAAUUUAUCGAUACAAGACAUUAGAUUUGAUCGUAGCAGGAGGAAUAGAAAUCCGAGGGCUAAAAGCUAGUGCUAUUGGUCGAAGGAAACCUGCUGGUGAACCAGUUCUCGAGUAUUAUCAAUUCGUAGCUCACCGAGAUCGUGCUCUCGUUUCAUUAAAAGAAGUCGUGCGUCUGGCAACUCAUAUAGCCUUGGAAAAUAACAUGGGAAUAAAAGUCAAGACUCUAGAGAAUUUGGAAGCCGAUGAAAAGUACUUGGUUGAAGAUUUAUUUACUCCGAUUGUCCAAGAAGUUCUUGGUGACAUACCUCUUAUUCAAGCAGAUUUGAAUAUUCUUACUACAAACAAUCCCUUCAACGAAGAAGAUCAGCCAGCGAAUGUCAAAAUAACUGAAGCUAAGAAAAUGACACCAGAAACCAAUGCUACACUGCUAACCGGUCGUGGUCUUUUAACAAAUAAUGAAUCGCUUUCUCAACUACUACCUGCUCUCAAGAACGGAGGGUUUGUAUUGACUCUAGAGCGCAGAAAUAUUAGAGAUCUUUCUGAAGCAGCGAAAAAGCACAAUCUAGACAUUUUAUUGGAAAAAAUCGUUGAUGACUCAGAAUGCUUACUCUUACGAAAACGGGACAAACCACCAAAAAAUCCAGUAGUUGUCUAUGUAAAAAAUGAGUCAUUCGAAUGGAUAGACGAAUUGAAAUCCAUACUAAAAGCAGAAAAAGAAGACAACCGCAGUGGUAAUGAUCGUAUUAUUUUAGUUAGUGAAAAGAAUUUUGAGAGCGGGCUUCUGGGACUAGUCAACUGUUUACGUCAAGAACCUGGAGGUGAAAUGAUUCGAGGAGUUCUAAUCCAAGACGAAAAAGCACCAGAUUUUUCUUUGUCCUUGCCACUUUAUCAGGACCAACUCAAGCUGGAUCUCGGUUUGAAUGUUCUUCGACCCAACAGCACCUGGGGUUCUUAUCGCCAUCUUCACUUGCCACCCCCAGUUCCUCGUCCUGUUCAUCACGCCUGGGGCAACCAACUCGUACGAGGAGACAUAAGCUCACUCCGCUGGCUCGAAGGACCAAUAAGACCAAACUUUAUUCACCCUGACCUCAUUGAUGUUGUUUACUCUGCUAUUAACUUCCGUGAUAUUAUGUUAACCAGUGGUAAGCUUGCUGCUGAAGUUAUUUCCUUUAACCGAGCCCUUCAGGAAUGUUGUUUCGGUUUUGAAUACAGCGGAAUAGAUCGUUUUGGGAAACGAGUCAUGGGAUUAUUGCCAUCACGGGCAAUCACCAAUAAAGCCGUGAUCGAUCGAGAUCUUGCCUGGUACGUUCCCGAUGGUUGGACUCUUGAAGAUGCUGCUACCGUGCCUUGUGUGUACGCAACAUCGUACUACGCUUUGUACGACAGUGGUAGAAUGAAGAAAGGCGAUAAAGUUUUAAUUCACUCGGGAACUGGUGGUGUUGGACAAGCAGCCAUUAUACUGGCACUCAACGAAGGCUGUGAAAUCUUCACGACUGUCGGUACUCCAGAGAAGCGUAAAUUUAUUCGAGACAAUUUCCCUCAAAUUCCAGAUGAUCAUAUUGGAAACUCCCGUGACACUAGUUUCGAGACAAUGAUAAUGGAAAAAACAAAUGGGCAAGGUGUUGACAUUGUCCUCAAUUCAUUAGCUGAUGAAAAACUUCAGGCGUCAGUUCGAUGUCUAAGAACUGGAGGUAGGUUCCUAGAAAUUGGAAAAUUUGACAUGUCAAAUGAUACUCAUCUUGCUAUGGCUGCAUUCGAAAAGGGAAUCAGCUUCCAUGGAAUACUUCUAGAUAAUUUCUUUAUGGCAUCUAGUGAGCGAAAGAAAUUAAUGUACGGACUUUUACAAAAAGGUUUAGAUAACGGCAUUAUUAAGCCUCUCGUAAGGACAGUUUUUCCUAAAGACAACCUAGAAGCUGCUUUCCGAUACAUGGCUGCUGGCAAACAUAUUGGAAAAGUUUUAAUCAAAGUAAUAGACGAAAAAAAUCUCCUGAACACUGCUGUACUCGCUCUACCUCGUUAUCAUUGUCUGGAGAACCGUAGUUACAUUAUUCUCGGCGGUCUCGGCGGAUUUGGUUUAGAGUUAGCAGACUGGCUGGUACUUCGCGGGGCUCAGAAUCUUGUUCUUACUUCACGUUCUGGGUUAAGAAAUGGUUAUCAACGUAUGCGAGUACGUUUAUGGAAAAGCUACGGUGUCAAAGUUGAAAUAAUAGCUGGGAAAAAUGCCGCAAAUCGUCAAGAGUGCGAAGACAUUAUAAAAGCAGCAGAAAAUCUGGCGCCAAUUGAUGGAAUAUUUAAUCUCGCAGUUAUUUUGAAAGACAGUUUGUUUGAGAAUCAAACACCGGAUACUUUCAAAGAAUCUUUCGCAGUCAAAGCUUGGAGUACCAAAGUUCUGGAUGAAGUAUCGAGAAAAUUCUGCCCGAAUCUCCGACACUUUGUUGUUUUUUCUUCAGUCUCGUGUGGACGUGGUAAUGCCGGACAAACAAACUACGGUAUGUCCAACUCUAUUAUGGAAAGAAUCUGUGAGAAACGAGUCGCCCAAGGUUUUCCAGCUUUGGCUGUCCAAUGGGGAGCUGUUGGAGACGUAGGUCUGGUUGCUGACAUGCAAGAAGACAAUAAAGAACUUGUAAUCGGUGGAACUUUGCAGCAAAAAAUAACAUCGUGCCUUCAAGAACUCAACUAUUUCCUCACACAAAACAAUCCAAUCGUUUCUAGUAUGGUUGUGGCUGAGAAACGAGCAGGCGGGGCUGGAUCACUCAAUGUCAUUGACACAGUACUCAAUAUUAUGGGCCUGAAAGACUUAAAAACUAUUAGUCAUCACACAUCUCUAGCCGAGCUCGGUAUGGACUCAAUGAUGGCCGUUGAAAUAAAACAGUCAUUAGAACGUGAGUUUGAGAUUUUCCUCACCGCUCAAGACAUCCGAGGACUCAAUUUCGCUAAAUUGUUAGAGAUGAGCUCGAAAGAUUACGGGAAGAAAGCAACUAGUCAAUCGAACGCCAAUUCGGAAGUACUUACAGGAUUAAAACUAUACAUCCAAUUAAUGGGAGAAGUAGAAGAACACUCCGAAGUCUGUGUGAAAUUAAAAACUCACGACCAAGCCGAUAGAAACGAAGUAUUCCUCAUACCAGGUAUCGAAGGCCGUGCAUCUGUAUUCUCAAACCUCGCCAGCAAAAUCAAAUCACCCGCAACCUGUUUGCAAUUAGACAACAACAUUACCGAAUAUUUAUCAGUUUUUGAUAUGGCCAACCAAUUAUUACCACACUUCCUCAAAAGAAAUGGAGACCGAAAAGAUUUCGUGAUCAUCGGAUAUUCAUUCGGAGCUUUGGUAGCUAUUGAACUAGUAAGAAAAUUAGAAGCUCUAGGUUUCAACGGUAAAUUAAUACUCAUCGAUGGAUCUCCCGAUUUUACAAAAGCUUUCAAAGAGCAAAUGUUCCCAUCGUCAAACGAUGAAGAAUUGCAGUACAAUAUUCUUGUGGGCAUCGUAGAUAUGAUCAUACCCGCGCUAAGUGAAGAACUCUCUGCUUCGUUAGAAAAAUGCAGUUCCUGGAAAUCAAAACUAGACACUGUUCUUAAUCAAUUGCCAAUGGAAGCAUUGCCCCUAUCUCGUGAUCAUCUGAGUAGUACUCUCACAGCAGUUUUGAAUCGUUUCAUAGCCCUACAGAAUUACGAUCAUACAAAAUUACCACCUCUGCGGUCGUCCGUCGUACUACUGAAACCUUCAAUGCCGGUUUUUAAAUUCACCGACGAAGAAUACGGUCUCAGUAGCAUCACUGACGAUAAAAUCCAAAUACAUAUCAUCGAAGGUAAUCAUGUGACGAUACUAAGCGAUACUAAAAUAGCGUCAAUACUCAAUGAUGACCCGGUGGAAAACACUGACCCUAUACCUACGGAAAAUGCUACUGUUACUCCAAUCACAGAACCGCAAACCUGUAAAGCUUAAUUUAAUAUUAAUGUCUCAUUAAACAAUUAUUGUUCUAUAAACUUGUCCCAGAGAGAGAAUGCGCUUCCGAAAUCUCUUCCGCUACCGAUUACUUCAAAACUGCGCAUGCAUAAGUAAAACUGGGGAAAAUUUAGUCCGCAGAACACCUAAAGUAGUAGUAAAAAAUGAAACAACCGAGGUACACUCUCUUGCUGGGAAAAUUUUACAGUGAAAUCUCUAACUUUUAUAUAUAUAUUUUAUUUAGUUGUA